AUGGCGGAACCAAUGGAGGCCGAGAUUGUGGUGGAACCGGAUGACGCCCCCAUUUCGACGCCAAAGCGCCCGAUUCGAGUAGCGAAGCCGACCAUCAAAAUUCGAAACUCGACCCGACUGGGCGAAGAGUCAGAGCAGGAACCGAAGAGAACGACCAGGAACACGACGCGAUCAGCGUCAAUCGAAGGAGCGGCGGAGCGAGCAACCGACAUCAGAAGAAGCAGUGGCGGCGGCGGAAGUAGCGGAAGCAGCGAUGGCAGGGCAAUGCUCCAGAAGGCGUUGGAGUUGCUGGAUGAAUCCCGCAAAGAGUCCCAAUGGCUGAAGGAAGCACUCAAGCGGCAGAUGGAGGUGGCACAGAGGCAGGAAGAGAUGAUUCGCGAUUUGAGCUCAAAGAUGGAUGAAACCACGAAGCAGAUGAACGAAGAACUGAAGCUGGUCCGCGAGCAACUCGAAACUAUCGCGACGAACGCCACACAAUCCCCGUCCCUGUCGUACGCCGAUGUCGCGCGAUCAACCCCGUCCUCCCGACCGACCAACCUCCGAACGCUUUCGUCAUUCGACACGACGCCCUCCAAUUUCUCCGAUACGCUGUACUGCACAAUUGAUACGUCUCAUGCUAAAAGCGAGGCCGCCGAGCAGAUGUCGGUCGGCUCAAUCCGAACGAUGGUAGAGAGCCAGAUCCGCGCCGGAGAAGACGAAUCCGCGUCCUGGCGGUGCCGAGCGGUGACCAAAGACCCAAGAAACCCACACCGCAUCAGGAUUGCUUGCAGAAACGAUGAGGAACAUACGAAGGUGAAGCGAGUGGUGGAGGCGAACUUGACACAAGGCGUUAGGGUUCUCCGAGACGACAUCUACCCGAUCCGAGUCGACAGCGUUAACCGCACCGCGGUACUGGACGACAUCGGGAACCUUCGCGCGGGGGCAGCUGAGGCUUUUGCCUCGGAGAACGACGCCUCGAUUGCGAAGAUAGCAUGGCUGAGCGACAGGAGCGUCGCAAAGGCGUACGGGUCCAUGGAGGAGAGUCCGGUUACACCAGACCCUUCGAACGGCGCGAGCGCCCUCAACUGUGCUACAACUGUCAAGAGAUCACCAAGCACAAGGCCUACAGCUGCGACAGACCAAAGAGGUGUAAGAGGUGUGCAGCGGAGGGCCACGGCCAUGAAGAGUGCAACGCAACGGUUGUCAAAUGCGUUCCCUGCGGAGGGCCGCACGAAUCAGGCAACAGAAACUGCAGGAAGCUCUACCCCGCUCGACAUGAGUGAAAGAUUCCGAAUGAUCCAACUUAACGUAAGAAAGCAGGGAGCGGUACACGACAGCUUGAUGAAUGACGAGGCGAUACGGGGUGCAACGGUGUUGGCUAUCCAGGAACCACAGGCGAGGGUCAUCCAAGGCCGCCUCCUUACAACCCCAAUGGGGCACCAGGGGUGGACGAAGAUGGUGCCGUCGACAUGUAGGGACGGCAGAUGGGCGAUCAGGAGCAUGUUAUGGGUAAGGAAGGACGUGGAAGCGGAACAGAUACAGGUAGAGUCGCCUGACUUAACGGCGGCGGUCAUCCGGCUGGAGGAACGGCUGGUUUUGGUUGCGUCGGUGUAUGUACCACGGGACGACAGUCAUGCUCUACGGGACACGUGCAACCAUCUACGACGGAUAGUCACGGAGACACGGCGGAGGACUGGGAGAGUGGUGGAUUUGGUCGCGGCCGGCGACUUCAACCGGCAUGACCAACUGUGGGGUGGAGACGAGGUUUCGAUGGUCAGACAGGGUGAAGGGGACCAGAUCAUCGAUCUGAUGAAUGAGCUCGGCCUGAGCAGUCUACUUCCGCGCGGGACGAAAACGUGGCAAGGCGGGGACUACGCGACUACAAUCGAUCUAGUCCUAGCGUCCGAAGGCCCGACAGAAUCGCUGGUCAGAUGCAGGAUACAUGAGACGGAACACGGAUCGGAUCACCGCGCGAUCGAGACGAUUUUUGACAGCUCGGUCCCUAUCGCAAAACCAGUACAGCGCCUGCUCUUCAAGAACGCGCCGUGGAAGGAGAUUAACGCGAAGAUUACGAACGCGCUGGAAAGGACACCGUGCUCAGGGACGGUGCAACAAAAGACGGACAGACUCAUGGAGGUGGUAACGGAGGCGGUCCAUGCCCUGACACCGAAGGCCAAGCCGUCGCCGCACUCGAAGCGGUGGUGGACGGCCGACCUAACGCAGCUUCGCCAGAUUUACACCUACUGGAGAAACCGAGCUCGUGCAGAAAGGCGGGCGGGACUAGUCAGGGCGGAUCUAGAAGAGAAGGCAAAGGGUGCGUCGAAACAGUACCACGACGCGAUUCGUCAGCAAAAGAGGAAGCACUGGAACGAGUUUCUGGCCGACAACGACAACAUAUGGAAGGCGGCCAGGUACUUGAAGGCCGGACAAGACGAGGCUUUCGGCAAGGUGCCGCAGCUGGUCAGAACGGACAAAACGGCGACGACGAACCACACAGAGCAGGCGGAGGAGCUACUCAACACCUUCUUCCCUGCCCUGCCGGAAGAAAUUGAGGAUGAGGGCGAUAGACCGCAGAGAGCCGCCAUAGAGAUGCCGCCUGUCAGCAUGGAGGAAGUGGAGCGUCAGUUAUUCCUCACAAAAUCCUGGAAGGCACCCGGAGAAGACGGGCUUCCAGCGAUGGUCUGGAAACAAAUAUGGCCGGCGGUGCGAUACUGGGUGUUGGCAAUUUUCCAGAUGUCUCUCGAAGAAGGGGCGCUGCCCCAUCAGUGGAGACAUGCAAAGAUCAUACCACUCAAGAAGCCGGGCAAGGACGACUACACUCUGGCAAAAGCGUGGCGGCCGAUCUCACUGCUAGCUACCUUG